UCCAGGGCAGCGAGAUUCCCAUCUUUACCAGCUAACUUCCCACCUAAGUAUCCUAGAAAACCAAGGUGCAUUUUAUUCUGCACCAUCCCCCACUCCCAAUUCCCAACACCAUCACCAUCACCAGCAUCAUCGUCACCAUUGGCUAAAACAAAGUCACAGUCAACAUCAUCAAUCCCCAAAUCUCGUUGACUCACAGUCAACUACACACUCCACUACCAUGCUCCGCAUGCACUCGCCCGCAUCAUAUCACUCCCUCCCCUAUAAAAACCUCGCGCCUUUCGGCCUGUGCCAAUGUGGGUAACCACUGACCUGACCAGUGACGCGCACUGAUAAUCGUCUUCUCCUCAGAAAGAAGAGAGAGAAUCAGAGAAAUAAGACGAAACGAGACGUUUCGCUGUGAGGGAGAAUCGGAAUAAGUGUUUCGGAACGUUUCGUCCAGAUUGAGAGUGUGUGAAGUGUGUGUGACGAAGGUUUCUAAACUCCGAGAAUGGCGUCAUCCUCUUCUUCCAACAAUGCUUCGUACACUUUGCCGUUAUCACAGUCAAGUUUCUCGUCGCUUCCAGUGAUGGCUAUGAAGAAGAAGAUCGUCGAGAAGAUCAUGGAGAAUCGCGUUACGCUCAUCGUCGGCGAGGCCGGUUGCGGGAAAAGUUCACAAAUUCCACAGUUUCUUCUGGACGAAGGCAUGUCGCCUGUUUUGUGCACACAGCCCAGGAGAUUUGCUGUUGUUGCCGUUGCCAAAAUGGUUGCAAAAGCUCGAAAUUGUGAAGUGGGAGAGGAAGUUGGGUAUCACAUUGGGCACUCAAAGCACUUAUCAGCCGGGUCAAAGAUUGUUUUUAAAACUGCUGGAGUUUUGUUGGAUGAAUUGCGAGAUAAGGGCCCUGCUGCUCUUAAGUACAAAGCUAUCAUUCUUGAUGAAGUUCAUGAAAGAUCUGUGGAGUCUGAUCUUGUCCUUGUUUGUGUGAAGCAGUUCUUGUUGAAGAGCAAUGACCUGAGGGUGGUUUUGAUGUCUGCAACUGCUGAUAUUUCAAGAUACAGGGAUUACUUUAAGGAUCUUGGAAGAGGUGAACGGGUUGAAGUGCUUGCGAUUCCUAGCUCUAAUCAGAAAAUUGUUUUCCAGCGACAUGUUUCAUAUCUUGAGCAGGUAGCUGAAUCUAUCGGAAUAAGUUCUGAAGUAAUGAAUUCAAAGUAUUCUCCCGGAGUAGAUCCUUUCACAGCCAAUGCUUACAUCAAGCCUGAGUUUCAGGCUGAUUUUCACCAGCUUAUUCAUAACCUGGUGUUGCAUAUCCAUGAGAAUGAACCAGAUAUUGAGAAAAGCAUUCUGGUUUUCCUUCCAACAUAUUAUUCACUUGAGCAGCAAUGGCGACUUCUAAAGCCACUUGAAUCAACUUUUAAAGUUCAUAUUUUGCAUCGCAGCAUUGAUACCGAGCAAGCUCUCAUGGCUAUGAAGAUUUGGAAGUCGCAUCGAAAAGUAAUAUUGGCUACUAAUAUUGCUGAAUCAUCUGUGACAAUACCCAAAGUGGCUUUUGUAAUUGAUUCUUGCCGAUCGUUGCAAGUCUAUUGGGAUAAGUCCAGAAGAAAGGAAUCCUCAAAGCUUGUUUGGGUCUCCAAAUCACAGGCCGAGCAGCGUAGGGGAAGAACUGGCCGAACUUGUGAUGGUCACGUUUAUAGGUUGGUCACUGGUUCAUUUUUCAACAAACUUGAGGAUCAUGAGAGUCCGUCUAUUCUGAAGUUAUCCUUGAGGCUUCAAGUUCUUUCACUGUGCUGUGCUGGAUCUAAGGCUAUCAAUGAUCCAAAAGUUUUGCUGCAAAAAUCUCUGGAUGCACCAGAUCCACAAGUUGUUGAAGAUGCAUUGAACAUGCUUGUUCAGAUGCGUGCACUGGAAAAGACUCCAAGGGGCCGUUAUGAACCCACAUUUCAUGGACAAUUGAUAGCCAGUUGUCCUUUGUCAUUUGAUGCUUCUGUUCUAGUUCUGAAAUUUGGGAAUGCUGGUAUGAUACGCGAGGGCAUAUUGCUGGGUAUAAUGAUGGAUACACAGCCUUUACCCAUUCUUCAUCCAUUUGGAGAGGAAAUAUUGUUUGCAAAGUAUAUUGCUAGCUACUUUACUGACCGAACAAUCUUAGCUGGUCGAAAGGAGAUGGAAUUCAUGGCUAACUUCUGUGCAUUUGAAUUUUGGCAGCAUCUGUUCAGGGAUGAGUAUCGGCUUAACCAUUUGAAGCAGGUUCUAGAGAUUGAGAAUGUGUAUCCUGCCGAAGCACUGAUGCCUAAGCUUGAGGAAGAUUGGUGUUCUCUCCAUAAUCUCUCCCAGUCAUCUCUGCAUCAGACCUUAGAAAUUUAUGAUGAUUUGUUAAGUUCAGUACACCGGUUGCGGCCAAAAUUUUUGAGCUCUUUUAGGGGUUUGCCGCCCUAUUUUGAUCCUUAUGAAUAUGAACACACAUGCUUAGUAACAUUCCAGGCAGAUGGGGACAUAGAUGGAGUUUCUGCAUAUGAGGAAGGCCUUAAAGCAACAGGUGAAACAAAAUGUGCUUCUGUGCCAUAUGUCACUUCAGAAGAAUUUCACAGUUAUGAUGUGGCAAAAAUGUUCGCUAAAAUUAUAAAAGAGAUAAGGGCUCAAUUCUCGGAGGAUACUUCGAGUCGAGAUAGUGAAUGUUUAUAUUCUCACUCAAUUCAAGCUAAGAGACCACAAUGCAAAUUCUUCUUUUCGUUGCAGGGAUGCCGAAGAGGAGCGUCUUGUUCAUAUUCACACGAUUCAGGUCCUUCGGCACUGUCAUUCAGGCGAGAUGUCUGCGAGCCCGAAGAUAAUAAUAUGGCUGCUGCAUCUCUCCUGAGAUUUUUCCCCCAAGCUACCAACAGAUCAAUUCUUGUAUUGGAUGACACUGAUUUGCAUUUUGCCACAUCUCUUGGUCGCCACUAUCAUCCAUCCAAGAUAAUUGCAACUACAUGUUUGUCAGAAACAACGAUAUUGGAACAAUCACUGAAAGGGGUCAAAAUUUUAUGGGGUCUAUAUCACCCAUACCAGACAAUCAUUGCUAAAGCAGGGAAGAACCCUGUUCCUUGGAAUGAAGUUCAGUGUGUACUGUGGUUUCCUUGCUUUGAUAGCUUUGGCGAGGAUUCGGAUGGACAAAAGCAGCUCUUGCAGAACUUCUUUGAGUAUCUUGCCAUUCGAAUUUUGGCUGAUAAUUUGUCCGAUGUGAAAGUUAUCAUAACCAUUAAUAAUAUCAGAUUUUCCCAACUUAAGGCUGAAAAAUUGGGAAGGGAGUGUUUCUUUGUGCUUACAGAUUCGUUUGCCUAUGACGAAACAAGCUUUGGGGCAAUAUUAUAUGACAGACUUCCCCCUAAGACGCCAACGUUGGUCUCGAGACCUACCUCCUAUGUAUUUGAACUGCAUCCUCCGAGUAAGCUACUAUUCGGUGAUUAUGCUGCUAAUAUUAGAAAGAAUCUGUACGUAAUUCAGGAAAAAUAGUUUAGAUCACUUUUUAAAGCUAGAACUACGAUUGUAAAUAUUAGAUAUCUAGUUUCUGUUUUCAGCAUCAAAUUAAUAUAUCAACUAAUCAAGACAAGACCACUAUUCCAGUUGUACACCCCUAAACCAAAGAGUGCUAAUAACAUUCUUCCCUUGUUGCAAUCUUGAUGAUCA